AUGACGUAUUCAACUAUGGAGAUUGUGAACGAAACACAGUCCAUAAAUUUGAGUGACAUCUACAUGGCCGCGACUUCAAGCAGUGAAACAAACCAUGCGUCCUCAGUUCUUACCAGUGAAAACUCUGCAUCGAUCUCCUCCACAUCUCCUCUUCCAUCCAAUUGCUACCGCGUAUGUGUGUGUAACCAUUCCACAGGCAAGUAUCGUUAAUGUUUGUACAUCUUCUUACGAUUUAAAGAUAACUGUAACUGGAGGCAGAGGAUAUUUACUUCUCCACAGAAAGAGGAGGAGAAUAUCUGUAAUUCUUGAAGGAAAAGUAUGGAGAUGAGUCUGGUGAAUUCGAAUGUGCAUACUGGGGCUUAAGAGAAAAAUGGACAAAAGGAAUUUUGACGAGGGUGACUAGUUGCGUUCGCACAAAGCCUCGACUCCUCUUCCGCUUAUGUUAUUCUGCUCGACUAGAAAACCAACGAACUUCUGUGGACCUUUACUGAAUAUAAUUAAUGACAUGUUGAGUGCAAUUAUUUGUAUAUUUGUAAUCUACAUACUUGCCCCUCCUUUAUUUUUACAGUGUAUUAUUCGACAUCGAUGGAUUACAACAUGUCAGAAAGCUCUUCUUAUGGAAUCAACAUGACACAGAGUUAUAAUAUGACGCAGAGCCAUAGUAUGUCCAAAAGCUACAACAUGUCUACUUCAUCUGACGUAAGCAUGAACCCAACACCUUCAAGCGUGAAUAUGUCGUACACAGCAAGUGUCAAUUCCACAACAGCAAACUAUAGCUCUUCCGUUUGGCCGACACCAAGUUCGUCUGUUUCCGAGCCUUUUGUUUGUUCGAAUCAAUCGUGCUGGUGGGAAGUUGAAUGUAGGACGUGUAAGUAUGUACCUAGCUUGCGAAAACCGCCGUCAGUUCUCGCCGUUAGGGACAUUUUGCGUCAUUAGAGAGAUUAAGCAUCGUGUUUACAGCAAACGGCAAACGUGAGAUUCAAGUUGAAAAAUUCUCAAAAUAUGUAACGAGCAGAUAAAAACAGCGUAAAACAAUUGUUAUGGAUAAAAUUGGCGUAAAUCUACCGAUUUUCGUAUAGUUAUAAUGAACAGUAAACGAUAAGUAGACGGAAAACCUGGUCAAGUAGUGGUCCAAAUUCACGUUUGGCGUUUGCCAUAAACGCGAUGCUUAAUCUAUCUAUUUCCUGGAAAAGUUCAUAGCAACAAAGAGCGAGGAGAUACGGCUGUAUUCGCCGGCUAGUAUAAACCGAUUACAAACGCCAAGUUUGUAAUAUUGGCGUCGCAAAACAAUAAAACCAUGGCCAUAUUGGUGUCCCAAAACAAUAAAACCAUGGCCAUAUUGGUGUCCCAAAACAAUAAAACCAUGGCCAUAUUGGUGUCCCAAAACAAUAAAACCAUGGCCAUAUUGGUGUCCCAAAACAAUAAAACCAUGGCCAUAUUGGUGUCCCAAAACAAUAAAACCAUGGCCAUAUUGGCGUCGCAAAACAAUAAAACCAUGGCCAUAUUGGCGUCGCAAAACAAUAAAACCAUGGCCAUAUUGGUGUCCCAAACAACUGCUCCCGCGGAAGUUACAUUUUUCCUUACAUUAGACCCUUCCUUCUUUUUUCAAUAAAUUUGCAUAAUUGCAUGUCAGGUGAGUACAAAAAACCUUUAUAGAAGUUGAAUAAUGCUCCAAAUCCAGCGAUCCACCUAAACGGCAGGGGAAAAUGAGGAGUUGUAAACAAUCUAGAAAUGGCAUCAUUUCAAUUGAUAACCCUUUUUUAACCGACCUCCUUACUGAAAGAUAUUAAAAUGUCUCUUGUGAAUUAAACUGAGAAAAGGCGGUUACUAUUAUUUUUUAUAUUUCCAGAUGCUCCUCAUAUAGCCUCAACGAUUUCACACAGCAUCACGCCUUCCCCUUCAUCAGUCCUAGAAUCUUCUUCAUCAGCCGUAACAACCGAGUCUCCAUGUCAGGAAUUCGACUGCAACGGUGAGUUAACAAUUUUCUUCCCUGUGAAAUCCACAUUUGGAAGAUGCGAGCAAUAUAACAUCGAUUCGAUGAUAGAUUUGCUUGGAAACGAGGUCUAUCGAGGGAAUAUUUGCCUGAAAAUGAGACCGCUCGGGUAAUAGUGAACUAAAAAAUGGCGUUCACAGCUAUCCAAAGUUGAAAAUGCUGAAUUUCUGACUAAAACUUAACGAAAGAAACGUAAGAAUACGCAAAUCAUAUAGCUCGAUGAAUGUUAUCUACUUUUUGAGGAGUGCCUGAAAGAAUAGGAAUAGAGUAAAGUUUAGAAAACUGAUUAAAGUCUACGAGGAGGUAGCUUGUUAAGAACAUAGAAAUAUUUUGAAUGGAUGAUGCUAAUCUCAGAGGAUGUUAUCCACAUUGGCCUCCGUCCUUGGUGGAUAAUAUUCUACGGAUCUGCUUAAUUCUUCACAUCAUACUCAGCCUCAAUAAUUCGUAAAAAGAACAUCCAAUCGAUGAUCUAUUGCCCACAUCAUCUAAAUAUGGUUAGCCCCGGAUGUUAUGAAGAAUUAGACAGGGGGAUAUAAUCCAAUUAUAAACCGCGAAAAAUCAUGAAAGAAUGAUAGAUAACUAUUCUGACUGCCAUCAUACUUUUUAAUUUCAAACAAGGUGACUGCCGUGGAGGAGCAUAUCUGGAUUGCGAGGUCUGCAUUGAGGUGAGAUGUAAUUUGGGUUAAAUAACAAUUAUUCACCGAAUUGGAGGUGAGCCGCGAAGCGGCGAGGUAAAUACCCAUGCACCACUAGCCACUGACACUGAGGUGAAUAAUUGUUUUAAAACAUACUAAAACAGUGAGAUAAUUGAGCACGAAAAUGAUGAUUUUUAACUCAUUUGUUGUUGCCAACGAUUACAAUUUUUUCGCGCCGAACGAACGGCCGACCGAACGGCCGCGGUGGUCACUUUUUCUUGCCGGCCGACAAAUAAAACUUUAGAAGGCAUUUGUUUAGCUCUUGCGGGGAAAUUUUUUCAGAAUUAGUUGUGAAUUCUUUUUGUAUCUAAAAUCAUUCUCAAGAAAGAUUAUUAAAUUCAGUUUUAAGCUUACUUUUAACAUGAACAAGUCAACUAAAUAAAGUAACGCAAGAAUUAAGCCUAAUUUGCAUUUGUAAAUAAAGAACUUUUUCACCGGUUUCAACGGUAAAUUCAAGUCAAAAAGACAAAGCUUUACCCGUUAAAACUUCCAAACCGAACUUCGUCACCUUUUUCGUGUAUUUCGAGAACAGCUUGCUGGAUUAUUUGUGAAAUUUCUUUGUUUGUUACGGCAGCAAACCGGGAAGCCAUUUUGCUCGCAACUUAAAACGCGAGUUUGGCGUCGCUCGCACGGAGGACUGAACUGGAGGUGGAUCAGUGAAUAGCAAUGGCUAUUCACUGAUUGAGUAGCCAUGUUUUAGUGUGUACUAAAAACGUAUAUACGUGGCGUAACAAAAUUAAUCUAAUCGUUAACCUUUUGAGUUAGCUUUUCUGCUAACAUCUGCAAGCUAGCAAAUUGAAUAAGUCAACUUUACUACAUCCCAGCCCACUCUAUUUUUCUGUUACUUCUUCUUCCCUUCUCAAUGUUGAGUCCCGCAAUACUUGAACUAAUCCAGGCGUGAUAGAUAGAUCACCCUAUGUAAGGUAGUCAGAAUUCCGGAAUCCGGGAAAUUUCUGCUAAUGAAAUCCGGAAUCCCUGGCUUGGAAUCCAUGAUGUCAGCUCAAGGAAUCCAGAAUUCCGCUAACGAAUGAAAUCCGGAAUCCAAAGCUUGGAAUCCAGAAUCCAAGACUACUUUUGUAUCGUCUUUCAUGGGGCAAGAUAGAUUUCUUUUACGUACCAAAUAGUUCAUGGUUAAUUGUAAGGCUAAUACCUAGUUUUAUUUCUUCUUAAGGGUAAUACUGGUGUUUCUUCAUUACGAGACUGCAACGGCAUCUGUAAUGGGACCGCUCAAAAUGCCACAUGCGGAGUCUGCCUCAUGCCAGGGGCUGUGAACCCUGCCUUGGAUUGUAACAACGACUGUCGCGGAACCGCAACUGAAGAUGAAUGCGGUGUUUGCACUGGGGGAAGUACCGGUCUAAUGGCUAACCACCUAAAGGAUGCCUGUGGUAGGCGUCCCAAAGUUUUUUUUGACCAAUGUUAUUUUUAUUAAGGCUAGCUUUAGACAAUGUAACUUAUUAUGCUGAAAAUGAUAUAUCUGAGAGUGCGCAAGACUCAUUCCUCGUCUCCCAUUUUCAAAAUGAGAAUGCCAAUAUCGUAUUCAACAUUGCAUGAAACGUUGGAAAGGAGGAGUGCGUUUAUAAAAACCUUUUAUUUGUGAGAAUUUUACCACCGAGGCGCACUGAAUUUCAUAUAUCGAGAGGGCACUUCCUAGGUCUAAGAUAGGGAACGGUUUUGUGUUGAAUUGGGUGUGGAUCGUAGAAGACGCAACCUCUGCCUUUAUUCUGUCGUGUUUUGAAAAGCCGGCUUUGAUUACUUUGAAUUCCUGAAUGUAAAUGAUAGCAUUGGGUUCGGGGUUGCUGUGGACAUGUAUUAGAGUUUGCUUUAUACUGCAGCAUGUGGCAAUGAAUAUUGGGACAGGCCAUACAGGCUAUGCAAAAGGGAACAGGAAAUCGCAUAAUUGAGUCUAAAGUGUGUACGCAAAACCAUGGAAAUCAUGAAACGUGGAGCAUAAAAUUAUUGAAUGAUUUUAUAUGGCCGAAAAGCCAUUAAGUUUUCCAUCACUGAAUUCGACAACUCGGACGUUGGUCGGAAAAUCAGCAGGGCACUAAAGAAUCUCCUCAGGAGUUUGGUAAACUUUAUCUCUCUAUCAAAAGUCGUUCGCGCUUCCGAAUGAUAUGUGUCGCAGCCACCAGACUGAUAGUCCAAAAUGAAUCAGUGUACUUGUCAUAAAAUAGUGUAAAAAGGUUCAAUAGGAACAUUUUUUAACGGGUUCCCCUGUAGCCCAGAUCUUGGAGACAUUCGACGGAAUAUUCCAAUAAAUCUUCUUUAGCAUUACUUUUUCGUGAUUUCAUUUGAUUUUGGUAUCUAAGGAAAAUCGAAGAACAUGGAUUUGUCCUAAGUCCCUUGCCAGAGGUAGAUUUUUUCAACGAAAAGUAAUCUUUAUAUAAGUGAUGUCACUGGUGCAUUGUAAUCAAUGAUUACUGUACAUAACUACCUGCUGUUCCUGCGCCUAUUUCUUGAAUACUUAUUGAUGUUUUAGGUGUAUGCAAUGGAACUAAUACGACGUGCGCGGGGUGUGAUGGCAUACCACACAGUGGUAAGGAAUUCGAUGCAUGCCGUGUGUGCGAUGGCAAUGGCUCAACUUGCACCGACAUCAUGAAAACUGAACCGAAAACCAUCUCAAGCUGCCAUCCUAAUGUUUUGGUAUUUGGUGCUGGUCUUAAUACUGGUGAUCACACAUUAUGCGCGUUAUACAACGACACUAGCGGGGAAAUGGUCGUCAACACCACAGGUAAUACAAACCCUUGACAUAAGCUUAUCAAUGCAGACAUUGCGAAAAGCGACUUGCUUUGUUAAGUAGGUUGAUAAGAUGAACACAGAGUGGUCAAUGAAUUUAAAAAAAAGAUAAAUCAAGUGCUGAGCCUGUUUCACUAGCUGUAAUUCACUGUGUUCACCAUUGACAAAGUUGCAUAACAAUAGGGAUUAAGAAUCACGUUUACGGCAAACGACCGACUCAAGCUGACAAUUUCUCAAAAUAGAAAAUGAGGAGAUAAAAACGGUCUAAAAAAUUCUUAUGAAUGAAAAUUGCGUGAAACUAAUUUUUUUUGUAAGGUGUUGUGAAGUAUUUUGAAAGUUAUUUUUAAUACGGAUUUAUCUUAUAUUUUAAGUUUAGUUUUUGUCUCAUUAAGUCUUGAUUUUGUCCACGUACUGUUUUCCUGUUUUGAUCUUUUGUUUUCACUUGUACUUGAAUUUAUGCUUAGUUCACGAAUUUACUUAUUGCCAUAUUAGGAAUGUUAUUCGCUUAGCACUGCCAGAUGUUAGUUUUUUACAGGUGGUCGUGUUUGUGAUGUUAGAGCUGACCUUCGUUCUUUGGUACUUAUCAGUUGCGGCUGUGUGUAGGCUAGUCUAUUCCCUAAGAAUAGCAAACCUUUUGCAAUGUUAGCGAUAACAUAUACAACAGAAACUCCUCCGGUCAGCUAACCCAAACAUGUCUAGCUUUGGCUUUUCAAACCGCUACUAUACUUGAACUAGUGGGAGAAGUAGAGUAGAAGAAGGAGAACUAGAGUAAGUAGAAGUUGUAAGAAGAUUAAGAAGAAUAAAGGCCAAGAUGUAAAUCAGAUUCCUAAUACCUCAUCGUGUAGCGAGCGAGUUGCUCGAACACGCGCCUCCACAUAUUUUGGUGGAGAACCCGGGCAACGAUCCCGGUACCUCUCGCAAAAAGGACAAAAAAAGACAAGUAAGGUGAAAACUUGGUCACGUGGCACAAUUAACUAUUGCCAUUCACCGUACAGGUGACUCCCUAUUCAGUGUCUAUUGCCUUCGAAACCUGAAAACGCGCUCAAACAAAUGCAGCAAAAGGUUAAAGGCCCUUAAAAUAUUACCACCCUGACCACAUUCAGAUCCUAGACGGACAAAUGAAAAAUGGAAGCAGAAAAUUAUUUCAGCACAUGUUCACAUCUGUGAAAAACUACAUUAGUGUUUGUCGAUCAGACAGCAUUGAGAAAUCUUGCUGUUGUAUAGUAGCUGUUGCAUUUCUUACACGAAAUAUCGCCAAGAUAGCUACAAGACCUUCAGAACGAGCAUACACUCUCCCAUUCCUGGAACAACAUAACACAAACUAGGAAGAAUAAAUCCAAAUAAAUUCUUGAUCCGUCUGCAGAUCGUCUUAGAUAGUAGAACUUCAGAACGGGUAUACACUCCCUCCUUCCUAGAACAACACAACGCAAACUAGUUCAAAAAAGGAAGAACCGAUCCAAAUAAACACUUAGCCUGUCAGCCAAUCGUAGAUCUGUAUACUAAGUAAAAUCACCAGUCAAAUGAAUUCUUGCAGUCUACAUAAAGUGCAUCUAAAUAAGCUUUAUUUUAACCCUUUGACUCUCAAGAUAGUAACUCUCCUUUCUGGCUGCUAUACAAUUUAUUGUACAUUGGUUAAGAGAAUUUGGGUUUAUAUCAAUGGCGCUUCCUCGAGCUGAUGCAAUUGCUUAUUCUCAUCAUCUUUCUGCUAAUUAAAUGCUGAUCAAAUUGCUUCUGGGAGUUAAAGGGUUAAGCUGCGGUUUCAACAUGUGACAUUAAAGAAGUUUCAUUUCUGUUUCAGCAACUUCAACAAAUCUCACGCAUGCGCAGUGCGAGUUUCAACCAUGGGCUGAUUAUAUUCCUGGCAGGUAUAACCUAUCUGUUAUAAUAACACAGAGUGGUCAAGCAGACGUUAAAACCAACACAUCUCUUCAGAUUUAUUACUACAAUUGUACAGAUCUCUCGCUAACGAGUGUCGUACCAAAUGAAGUUCUUCUGGAUGAACUUCCUCGAUACGUCACUCUAGAAGGCAGCGGUUUCUUCGACUGGGAAGAGACAGUGUGUUAUUCUGGUCCCCACGUGACCACUGAUGUGGUCUUUGUAGACACGUCGCACCUUCACUGUAAGGUAGGUGGACUUGCAGCUAUCGGACAGUUUGUUUGUUAAUUUAUUCAAUUUUAUUGCUGGCGGCAAGAGGAACCAGCAAUCACUCUCGUCGCCAUGCAGAGCCGUCAGACCUUAUCUCCAAGUUGCUAUGCAUGCACGGCACAUAUGUAGACCGCUUUGUUUGGACUCCCACUAAGAAUGAAUGGAAUGGACAGAAUGAACAAACGCAAUCUGAUGAAGCGCAUUUGGACUUUCUAUCAUUCGUAAUCUGAUCAUUCGUGUUUUGACUAUCUACCACCUGAAAGUUACGCAAAGUUCAGCGUUAGAGCAAAGCGUUUCGAAAUUCGAUAAUUGACGCCCGCACACCGUAAUAUUUGGUUAUCAUUCGUUCGACUUUGUUUUUUGAUCCAAUCGAAGUUACUACAAAAAACUACCCAUUUAUAGGUUUAGAGGUUUUAGAACUCUCUAUGAUCUUCUAUUAAUGGUAAUAUAAAUUAAUUUAGCAGGGGCACCAAACGAACGUUUUCUGUAAAAUAUCUGUUCCGAGAAGCGAAUAUUGCCUAGAAUUUUCUAUUACUUGAGGACGGCUAAACAUUUCUAGAUGAAAGUUCCAUUCAUGUACGCUUUUUGAAGCUUAUCUCUAAAAUUCCCUACAAAUUUUCUUAAGUUUAAUUUUCACCUUUUACUUCCCGAGCUACGCUAUUUUUCGUAGAAAAAAGGGAAUCUAAAAUGUUUGGAUUAAGAAAUGUGAUAGCUUUAGGAAUCAGUUCGUAAUACGUCAAAUUCAAGAGAGGAUAAAGGGGACAGAGACUGCCGGCAUCCCCCAUACACACCCUAUUCCAUAGGUAAUUCGUCUCGAGUAUUUUUAGAAUCGGGAUGAAGUUACCUAGCGCGCUGCGUGGACGUUUCGUGGAGGUUUCACAUGACUAAACGCCGUGCAAAACAUGUCGGGGGAAAGGCAAUGAAAGCGUAAAGCGAUCGAGAGGAUUCCUGAAUAUUGACGCGAAAUGAGUCGGUGCUUACCUGGGAAAAGGGAAUCGCUGGACUCUUUGACAACCCGUGAAAUCAGUUUAACUCGAAGUUGUCGUAAAACGUAAUCUCAGUGCUUUAAUAUAAUGAGAAAUUUCGCCGGUCUAUUGAAACCGGUCGUUUGUACAAUAAAGCAAGUAUUAUUUUUGUUGAAUAAAAGACUAAUAAGAGAAUAAUUAUCAAACCAAAAAUUGCUCUCUUCAAACUGUAAAUUAUAAAUGAUCCUGAGAGAAUAUUCAGUGCGUUAAGGAUUUCCCUGUUGCACUCUUCGCCCUAUACGACAGAGGAAGGGCGAUUCUUUUUUAAUUUCCGUUUCGCUGACACAGCUUUAGCAGAAAUCUCUCUGUAGUCGUUUUUGUCGACAAAAAGAAUGGCAAUAUCGCUCUCUGCGUCUUCCGCCAUUUUGUUCUGCGCCAAUUCGUGAAGGACGCGUGGCUCUGAGCGUGGAUCAUCCACCGGAACACAUUCGCGCUAUGUGAUUGGCUGUUGUCUAAUCCCCCUUGGGAUCUGUGGUCUUAAAAAUGACUCGAGACGAAUUACCUAUGGAAUAGGGUGUGUAUGGGGGAUGCCUUCUCUGUCCCCUUUAUCCUCUCUUGGUCAAAUUUCAUAUAAAUUUUCGGAAAAAUAAUGCUCACGACAAGCCGUUGUAAUUUCGGAAAGACUCAAGUUCCCCUAGGAUGACCGAACAGAUACAAAUUUUAUAGCGCCGCUUAUAAUACAUUUCUAGAUCUUUAAAAGUACUCUGGAUAGCCUAAAAAGUGUUUUCAAUGUAUUUCAGGAGGAAACCAUCGGUGGGCGCCCCUUAUUUAGUGGGUUAACGAAAACACAGUAAUGGAAAUGGGACUGUAGACUGUUCCAUGAAGGUCAAGGACCAUGAUUAUAAUGAUGAUCAUGAUGAUGAUGAUGAAGCCGGUGUUGAAUUGGGGAUGUUUAAAGGCAUCAAGAAAAAACAAUGAAAGAGAAAACGGAGGUGUCAAUAUCAGUCGCUAGUUGCUUAACAACAUUAAUACCGCGACAGAUGAAAACUACUCAAAGAUGUCUAACAAAUUCUGAUCUAUGGAGUGAAUUCUUAAAAUAAAACAUUUUUCCCUUAGAUCUCCUCUGUUGAUGAUUCCACCCAAUUGGAACUCUCACUGUCGAUGGAUGGUGGACUGAAACAGGUUGGCAAUGUCAAUUUCACUGUGUACGACAGCGCACCUUACGUGACUGCAACAAGGUUUAGCGAUACGGCCGACGAGAUUGAGGUUUACUUUGACAAAGAAGUCGAGUUUGCCGUUCAAGAAACCUGCGAUAAUUUUCUCGAAAGUGCGACUGUUUCUAAGUUAGGACAAGAUCCUAUUUGCGAUGUGCCCACAACGUUAGAAUUGGUGAUACGUUUGGGAAUUGGUGCGAACAUCACGGUCGGCGACAGCUUGAAAUUUAAGAGCAACAUCUUCAAAGCUUUGGGUCAAAGCUUCGGACGAUUUCUCAAUGGUUCGUUUUUAAUUGCUCCGCCAUCGAUUCCAUUGAUACCCGUGGCUGAGGUGACAGGUAAGCAGUUAUAUCUGUGAGGUUUUUUUUAAAAAAAUUCAAAAUAUCACCAAUUAUUGGUGUCUGCAAAAUGGCGCCUUACAAAGGAGGAAGGGGUGGAUGCUACCUCCCCAAAGAUCCUAUUAAUUUGUGUAUUAUGAUAAUUGUUAUGAUUUUUUCUGCCGUCGGAUGCUUCGACUUUCAUCAACCAUUCCGUGUAUGUGACAUUCUCUCUUUUGUUUCGGCUUUGUAAGUGGAGAAUAAAAUUGACUAAACUAAAACUAAGCUUACACUCACCUGUAACAUCCUAGAUUUUCCAGAUCACCCUGAAAGGUUCCUAAAGGUGUUUAUUAAGAAUUUCUCGAAUGGUUUUCAAAUUUUCUAAGGGGAAAAAGUGCUUGCUGCUGGCUUAAAUGGGUGUGGUCCCGGCUCCCAGCUUUUGCCCCACCAUUUAUGAGAGAAACACGAUUGUAUCUAAAAUAUAAGACUAGGAAGAGUAUACUCCCCUAUUUAUGUCAGGUCUGUGUUAUGAGAUAAAACAGUGACAAAAGCAGGAAAGCGUUUAAUUUUAAAAGUUCAGGUGCAACGGAAAGAUACUUCACGGCAUCCACAUCUCACGGUCUGGGUUAACUUUGGGCAUAAUCUAAGAUGAUAAAAGUAAAAAUAUCAUUAACACUUUGCAUGUAUCUUCUAACUAAACUGUUUGUGACUUUGAUUGUUAACUUCCUCUUUUUUGAAGGCCCUGACAAGAUUUCGUCUUGUGGAAAUCUUACUCUUUCUGGUUUCCAGUCUUUUGGAGGUGGUGGUCGCCAAAUGAAUUUCGAUUGGUCCUUGGUUUCACCAACUUCAGGAAAUGACGCAACCGAUAUCAAUAACAUUCUAAAUGCACUUAGUCCAAACGAUGAUCGGAUACACAUUCCAGGCACGAUAUUAACAGCUGACAAGACUUACGAAUUUAGUCUUGGUGUGGCUAAUUUCCUGGAUCCGGCGAACUUCCAAACUGUCAGGCAUUCAGUGGUAAAGGCUGCUGAACCCGUUCCAGAAUUAACGCUGAGCUCAUCUGUUGAUCUUGAUCAAACCCCAGCUGUAGUUUAUGUUUCUGAAGACGUUUACAUAAAAGCCCAGGCUGUUGUAAGUGUCUUUAGUUAUAUUAUCAUAAUUAUAAUUAUCAUCGUUCCUAUCAUAUUACUACCCCUUGUAUAAUUGCAAUUAGUGCAAUUGAAAGUAAAAAAAAAACUUCGGGACUUCAACGGGAUUAGAACCCGUGGUCUCUGCGUUAUCGCUGCAGUGCUCUACCAUCUGAGCCAUACAUUGGGAGCGGGGCAAUUAGGUUAGUUCUUAAAUUGCAGUUGAUCAUAAAUUGCGAUGAUCAUAUCUUAAUUUAAAAUCAUUCUGUUUUUGUUUUCUUCUUUGUCUGUUUUAAUGUUUUUUUGUUCAAAACCUCCUAAUCUUGGCCUAUUUUUCUAUUUGUUUCCGCCGGUAGCUUUACUGUUAUUUCUCGUUCUCGUUUGGUGUUUUUAUCUUUACCUUAUUUCUCUUUUACCCCUGCUAAAAAGCCCCCAGUUUUCCUUGAGCCCAUCUAGGAUUCACAUUUUCUGUGGUUAUUUCCAGUAAUUGUUUCCAUCUUCAUUUCACAUAUUAAAAUGACAGGGACCUCGGGCCCAGGGCGGGGGGGGAGGUACUCCGGAUUCAAAGUGACGGGGAUGAUCGAAGGAUUUUGGGGGCUUUGAAAUUUUCGAUUCCAGGAUUUUUUGGGGGGAGGAAUAUUUAGCAAGUAUUUUUUCGGGUGGCAUGAUUUAAGUAGGGUUUUUGGAGUGUUCAAAACAAUCUGAAGAUUCGUGGUUGUGCCCGCGUAUCCAGCCGCGAAUACAAACAUUCAAUUUCGAAUUUAUUUUUCGUGUUAUUUCAUUUAAUGCUUCAUGGAAAAAUUUGACACGAAAAAAUUGUCAUGGGAUUUUUUAGGGGUUAACUUUUUGGUCCAGGGAUAUUUUUAGGUUUUAGUUUAAAGCCCUAGGGAUUCUUUUGGGAUUUGAUUAUUGCACCCAUUCGAUCAUCCCCGUCACUUAAAAUCCGAAGUAUUCCCACUGGGAUCCCAAUAAAGUUUCAUCGGCGUUAAUGUAUUCCACCGCAAGUUAACGAGAUUCACUUCAAAAAAGGGAAUUAAUUUGGUGCACCCUAUAGUACUGAGGCCCAAUCCCUUAACCUUUUAUUACCAUUUUUGACGGAAAUGGUACACCUGUCACAUGUCUAGUUUAAAACUUUGCAUCCAUUUUAAAUGCUGUAAACAUGAAUAACUCACAAAACUAGAAACAGAUGUAAAAUCAUUCUGUAGCCCUUUCAGGUCAAUUUACAGACCAAAAUAACUGACAUCCCAACCUUCUCAUAUACUUCAACUAGUAAAAUACUCUACCCAUUCAUACCUGAAGCCAGAAAAGGUAUCCCUUUCGGGCGGACCCUCACCGUAUAGGCCAUUUUUUUUUCAUCUAAUGAAAUUACAAAGUUUUUUAAAUGACGUUCUCGUAAACGGAGAGCUCUACUCGAGGCCACUAAAACCCUUUUUAACUCACCACUUGCAAAAAUCAUUUCUUUUUUAAUUCAACAAUUUCUGUAAUUCAGGUUGCUCCUUGUGCAAACGACACUAAAAUCAACUUCUUGUGGACCGUAACAUGCUCUGAUGCAACCGCACAACGAAAUGUGGAGGAGAGCUCCUCCUUUCAGUUCACUAAAGAAAAGGCCACUGUCAGCAUAACUAAAGGCGUAUUGACUGCUGACGUCACUUGCACUUUUAACUUGACUGGAAGUAUGAACUACAAUCCGAGUAUCAAGAGUUCAAUCGCCGUGGACAUCAAAGCACUGCCCACUCCUCUUGAGACAGCUAUAAGUGGAGGUAGGGUAAAACUUAAAAGAGAUUUGAUUGAAGAAAGCCUACCAAACUAGAAAAGGUGUUCAUCCCAAUCAAAAGGAUUGUUCAAAAGCCGAUAGGCUCGCUAAUAUACUUCACACUGAACCGUUCAAUAAGAUGCGUUUACAUACUCGGAUAUGAAGAGAAUAUUACUGACUACCCCAAGAUAACCAAUCAAACUGACUCUAUCCUACCAUGAAAUUGUCUUGGUAGUAAUAAAGAGCUUAAGAUGUCACGAGCGCCACAAAACAACAGUUCUGCAUGUGCAUCACACUGUUUUAUGUCUUAUUUUCUUCCCCGUACGAGAACGACUUGACUUUCCUAAAUGUCAUGUUUACGCUUACCUGAUACCUUAAUAUAAGUGGUACCUCAAGUGCAAGAGAGAUAAACGUUAAACUGAAGGUAAUUUAAACCCAUCGGCUGCCAAAAAGUGGUUUUACGUAUCUGCAGUUUAACCGGAAAACAUCACUUGCACGUGAGACAUCCUUGAAGGUAUCCGGUUACCUUAAUGGACGACUGAUUUAAUUUUUUCAUGUCCUCUUAAACUUGGAUAUAGUCCUUGAAAAUGCGACCCUAAUAGAAACCGAUGGCAUUUGAAAAGAAAAUAGUAAAAAUAGUCACGAUGUAGUGUUCAAAAAAAGCGCAGAUUCACUUUUUCCUGUUAUCUUAAAGCCCCUGAUGUUUCUAACAGUAUAGCCAGUUGAGGCAGACAGAAAGCGAAACAUACUGCACUGAACAAUGUUUGUUACAACCAAAAUUCACCAGACGGUCGGGGAAAAAAAGAAAAAUUGCAGUAGGAGUCCGCGAGAAGAGAGGUGUGGAGGCGGGAGAGGAAAAGGCAGGAGUUGACAGUUCUAAAAGGCUGGCAAGCGGGAGAAUAGUGGGAAAUUAUGCAACAAUACCGAAUAUUUCGUAAUCGAAAGAGGGAUAUGGGGAGGAAAUUAAGACAAAAAGAGGCGAAAGCCAGGAAUGUAGGGACCAAUUUCUCAGUUGAGUGCGGUUUCCCGACACGAUUCAUCUUUAUACUGCAUGGAUUAUCAUGUGACGACCAUGCAAGUUCUCUAAACCGGCUUAAAGUGGGAGCCUCGUGUAAACGACCACUUCUCGUAAACUGACGGUUUUAGAUUUUGCCCUAUUCUAAGAGACCACGUGAUACAAAUCUUUGAUCUCUGUGUUGUAUGAACUACAAAGUUAGGAUUUUCUUGUAUUGUAACCUAAAAAUAUGCAUGCAAUACAUUCUCUCCAAAAAGUAGAUUCGUCUAAAAGACCUCCUGUAGUUUGACCCUUGCAUAAAUAGACCACCUGCAGUAGGCGACUGAAGUAUAAACUGAAGUAUAAACUCGGAUUUUGGAUGGUCGCUUACGGGAGGUUUGACUGUAUUUCAAACUAAGAAAACUUCUUUUCAUGACAUUUCAAGGUGAUCGACAGAUUGGCCUUAGCAGCGGGGCAAUCCAAUUUGAUGUUCUGACUAUUGACGCAGAUGGAUCAAGUCUGAGUUUAACAUGCAACUGGCAGUGUGCAGUUCAAGAUGGCGGAUUUUGCUACUCACGAAUAAACAUAGGAAGCCUGAUAUUUUCAGGCCUUUCUGGAUGUACAAUUCACGUGCAGAGCAAUCAUUUUAGUGCGGGAGAAACCUAUACCAUCAGGUUGGUCUUACCUAGAGAAAAAAACAAACUAUUAAUUAUACUAGAUGAUUUUUCAACUCGUUAGUGAUUCAUAAAGAGAAACUGCAGUUCGAUAUCAGAUAAAAAUAUCGUAAAAAAUUUUUAAUUUGAGAUACUAUAUCGAAGUCGGUUUAAAUAUAUGAAACGUUUGGCUACACCUAGUUUUUUAAACCAGUUGCUGGUGUCUGGAUAUCAGAUGUUAGUAAAAUCUAACUAGUGGUCCAUUAUCAAUACUGCGUUCUGAUUGGUUGAGCCACUACUAGGCUGUAUGUUAUGGCCCACUAGUAGCGAAAAGCGCCGGCUUUGAAAACCAAAACAGUGGCGGCUGAAUCGCGUUUUGUUAGCUAAAGUUGUUUUGUCUCGAUGGUUUUGACCAACUAGCUGGAUUUUACUAAAACAAUUAUUCCUCUCUCCCUCAUGGCCUGUGAAGCAAUAGCCCAUGAGGCCGAAGGCCGAAUGGGCUAUUGACUCAGAGCCCAUUUGGGCUCUAGGAAUGAUUGUUAAAAAAAGUAGCGUCUCGCUUUGAACCGAACAUUUUUAGAAGGUUGUUUGUAGUGAGGGGAACAUUUGACAUUGAUUUUACUGUUACGUAGUAACAAACAACAAAUGAAACAGUAUGAAAGUAUAAACGAAGUUACGCCCUAAUUUAUACAAAUGCCUGAACAAACUUAAGAAUAAUGCUUAGCGCCAUUUUCGAACGAAAGCCAAGUCAAACAAAUAUGUUAGGCUACAAUUUCAAAUACAUAAAAAGCAAAAAAUUUCUGCGCUGUCUGGCAUUCGUCCAACACAGACAUACAGCUGUGCGGUUGUGUCGCAGACUGUCCCACAUCUUUAAGGUUUAUAUGAGACCAAGUUCGGGCUUGUUCAAACGUUAAAUAGCGCUAUCCACACUAUCCAGAGGAUAAUUAAUGAGGAAACCAACUACGUUAUCCAUUGAAAGAGACGUAUCCAGAGGAUAGCGUUAUCCUCCUAUCAAACAACUUGGGCCUCAACUUCUUUCCUUCCCUUUAGUGUGGAUGUAUCCAAGGGCUCUCGUACUGCCUCAGCAUCCAUAUCGCUGACCGUGGUGGAAGGAAAUCCUCCGCUUGUCUGGAUGGGAUCAGGAGCUCCAUCUAUCAAAGUUUCAGAAACCCAGAAAGUUGUUCUCAACGGAUUUUACAACACUAGCGUUCAGCCAGCCAAAGUGGAAUGGAGCUGCAAACGAGAGCAAGGUUGGUAGGCAUCUUCAACUUAAAUUAUUUUCGAUAUAGUUGAAAAGUAAUACGCGUCAUGUCAAUUUUAUUGCUCCUACUUCUACAGUGACAUCAUCAUAGGCAAACAAGUUAUUACCAGUUUUUAACUAAAAUAUUAAAAGUAAAUGCACUUAAUUUUUUUAAGAAUAUAAAGAUGCAAAUACAGUCGAAGCUCUCCUUGCGACAACUCUCGUAAGCGACCAGCUCUAGUUACAACCACCUUUGUGACACCCCAUUUAAACUGUGACUUAACUGCUUUUUAAUGAAAAGCUCUUGACCGCGACCACUUUUGGGAUCAACCAACUGGACUUUUUCUCUUUUUAAGCUCUCGUAAGCGACCACUCGGAGUCAUAUUCAUAUAAAUCAACUCAUAAAAAUAGGUUAGCCGUGUCUAUAUCAGAUACAAAUUCAAAGAGAACAGACGGCAAAUUCUUCUUGCUCGAAAUAUCUAAACAUUAACUAAAUAUUAAUUUAAUUUAAUUUAAUCUCAUUUAAUUUCUUUUUUUUCUCUAUGAAUUAUUAAUAAGUUUUUGAAGCUGUCGUGAGCGACCACCCUCUAUUGUUUUACCAUGCAGUCGCUUACGAGAGCUCAUUCUCGUAAGCGACCAGCUCUAGUUAGGGGCCGACCAUUUAACUCUUGAGGGGGGGGUUGGGUGAUUGGGUGAUUUUAAAAAAAAAUUUCCUGCAAGCGCUUGUCGGAAGAAAAAAAUUGCAUGCAGCACAAAUGUAAUAGAAAGCUUAUGGGAAAAGAAGGGAAAAAAAUAUCCUGCCCACCAGAUUGCUGGAAAAAAAAUUCUUGAUGACCAGAAAUCACCCAGCCCCUCCCUCAGAAGAGUUAAAUGGUCGGCCCCUUAGGACCACAUUUUCGAAUUCCCGAGGUGGUCGCUUACGAUAGCUCAGGGUUGUUUUUACCCUACUUCCCCUCCCUCCUUCUCUUAUUUCUUCUUCCUUAUCGCUCCAUUGCUGUGUCGGAAUUUUGAAACACACAUUUAUAACCUCUCUAGUCGAACAAAUACCCAACUGAAUAACCUUGCUUUAUUUGCCUUUUCUCCUAGGCUUUGCUUAUGUAGAUUUGAGUGGCUUUACGUUUUCCCACGAGUACUUUGCUGGCAAAGAAUCAUACGCGUUGCUGAUAAUACCCGGGGCUGUUCUUAAAAAGGGGUCAAAGUAUAAAUUUCAGUUGACAGUAAAUGUUGGCAGCCAAAGCGGUACAGCAUCUAUGGUGGUGGAAGUCAGAAAAGGCCCCGCGUCAGGAUCGUUGACUGUUAAUAAAAAUAAUGUUGAAGCCCUGUUUGAGGAAAUUACGAUAUCAGGUAAUAAAAAAAUUUUAAAAAUCUGGACUGGUCGUUAUAUAAGGUGGAAGAAAAAAUAGAGAGAGACAAGAAGUGCCGGUCCUCUUUUAGGUUCUGCUAAAUGUCUUGAUUAUUUGUGUUUGUUUAUUAAGGGUCACUUCACAAAACUGAAAAACAUCCAGGAUUUAAAUAGUGAAGAUAAGAGGGGCAUGAAUUGAAUAGUCGAAUGCAAUGAUAAUCUUAUUAACUUAUCUGGCUAUUUGACAGUAUACGUAUUAAUACAAACAUACUUUAUUCAAGGUAUCAUAAAAAUAAAACACACAAAUACCCUGACAAGGAAGUUAAAGAGGUGGACCCUAUAUGAACUAACGCCCUAAAAAUAGAAAGUAAAAGAUCAAAACAUUGUCUAAAAGGAACAAAAAUUCACAUAGAAAACGAAUGAAAUUAUGAAAUACACAUACAUGAUUCAAGAGUAGUUUUAAAACCUCCAAAACGUAGCGGGGCAAAUUUUCCAUUCGCGCCCGACUAAAAACAUUCCAUCUGCCUGGAUAACGAAUGAUUUUUGCUGGAAUAGAUAUACACCUUACAAAUUUUAGUAUCAUUUUAACAACCUAUAGGGUCAAUAUCAAUUUUCCUUACUUUUGAUUCAGCUCCCCGAUGGACAGUUGAAGCAGACGCUAAACCUCUCCGGUACUCUUUCGGAGAGAUAGUACAUAACGUUUGUGAAGUUUGGGAACCUCCGUCGGAUACACCCGAAUGGACGGGCGUUCUGCCAGCUGGUAAUGAUCCUAAUAAUAUCCUUACCCUGUGCUUGAUCGUCGAGGAUAAGUUUGAGUCAUUUACCGUGAAAACGAUCAACAUCACGUCGAAUCCACCGAAUGCGGCUGCUCUGUCUUCGGAUGCUCUUGAUGGGUUAUUCCAAAAUGAUGUCCAGGGCCAGCUGCAAAGCGGCAAUGCAGAUAAGGCAUUGAGUUUAGUAAUAAUCAUUUCAGCCACUGUGCAAGACUCUAAUGAGACUACAGGUGGGUCACGAUAAAAUAUUUUUUACCCCAGAAUAUCUAUUAAGGGCCAUUUUUUAAAGAAUACGAAAUGACAUUACGAACAAAAAGAGUCACUAUGACGCUAAAAAACGACGAAGAGCUACACAACCAAAAUGGGAAGACUCGCUGUGUACGCAAUAAUCUGACACAGCUGUCUGAGAUCUAGAAACUAUAUGUCUUGUUAGCUCGAGCUCUAGGGACAUGCAAAUGUUUCUUCGAUACUGCUUUACCUAGAGCUUAUGAAAGGCCCAGACAAUGUUAGCUUCCCUUGACAUUCAACUUUCCAUAAAUUCUUUUACCCCAAGGCAUUUAGCUCGCGUACCUUUAAUUUACAAAAAUUAUCACCAAGCGGUUAUAUUCGGAGGGACCUAUUCUAGGGAGGAAAAUUUCUUUGUAAAAUACAUUCAAUUUAUAAUUGGAGGAAGAGAUUAUACCAGUCGGGCAUUGUCAAGACAUUCCUGAGAACUCUGUUCCCUUUGAACGUGCCAAUUUAUCCGUCAGAUAUAGCGCUAUACAAAGCAUUUCAUACUGUAGCUCGAUGUUAUCAAAAGCUAACGAGUAAACAGUGACGUCCAAAUUUUUCCUUUAAUUAUACGGCGUUUUUCUGGGAGAGGUUGAUGGUGGGAGAACCAAAUAUAAUUUCCGGGCGGCUUAUGUUCUUAGGGGCUUAUCGUAGGACUUUUUAGUUUUUCGAAUUUGAGUGGUUUAUUGAUGGAGGGUGUUAUCUUUAAGGAGUGCACAGUGUAUAAAGUUCUCAGCUUUACAAUACGCUUGAAAUUAAUCCUUUCAGAUGAGCUAAGGCGCAACAUCUCCCAAAAGACUCAAAACUUCGUUUAUGAAUUUGUGAGCACUUCCAUCGUUGUUAAAGGCAACGCUGGUCCACUUUUACGGGCGUUAGUUAAUACCGAUGCUGCGGCAGCUGAAAACAGGUAAGAGAAAGAGUGUAUGAGAUACUUAGACAGAUGAUAAUCCACUUAAAUUACGCGUUAUCGAAUUUUCUAUUCAGUACCAUAAAAUUCGAGACAAAGUUAUUUAUUGGUUAGCUUUCUGCAAAGUGUAGUUAGUUUUCUGCGCAUACACAGGUAUAGCAUGGUCAGUAUAGUGGAAUGGUUAUGAAUCCUGCCAAACCCUUUGUUGUAUGUUUUUGUGGACUUGAGGGUGCACAACGUUCAAUAGCAUUCCUAUCAAAUUUCAUCGUAUUGACCGAUAAAAACGUAGCAUUAAUUUAUUCCGUAACAAUUUGUGGACAAAGAAAAAGAACUGUGAAUAGUCAGAGAGCUUUCAACAUGAACAGCAGCGGCUUUGUUGUUUACCGCCUUUCAUGAUAGACCAGUGCCCUCUACCAACUAUGUCUUCAUUGAUCUAAACUCUAUGAUUGGAUUAUUUUAGCACCAACAUGGCUGGUACUUUAGUGAAGAUUCUAGAUGGGCUCGGGGACCAGUCUCUUAAUGACAAUCAGGCGAACAAUACUAUGGGCUGGAUUGGUUAUCUUGUUGGAGAUUCGCUUGACGACAAUGACGAGGAGUUUCAGACCGUGAGUGUUUGUUAUGUAAUCCUCUUUUAAACCCCGAGGGGCUUAUUUAUUUCAAACACGUUUAAAGGGAGGGGGCUUGAUAGAGACGAGGGGCUUAUUUGAGAGGAAGGGUUUAUUUUAAUUUAGCAAAAAUGGUGGUAUCAGUUCUCCAUAAAGAACUAGAAUGCAAUGUGGAAAAGCGCAAAUACAAGAAGUUGGAGGUCAUGCAGCCGAGGAUCUAAAACGAAUUCGAACUUCCAACACGAGAACAAACCAUCCCAGAUCAGUUAAAAUGACGUUUUGCAGUCAUGAUUGAGUAAUACAGUCAAUCAUUUAUUAGUGAAGAAUAAUAAGGGGGAGGGGAGGGGGGAUGAAAAGAGAGGGGUGGGGCUUAUUUACUUUCUUCCCCUGAAAGGGGGCUUAUUAGAUAGGGGAAGGGCCUUAUUUGAGAGCUUAAUGUAGGAUUUAGGUACUUUAUGAAGAGGUAAUUAAGAACACCCUGACUGAGCACUUUACCUAAUACGGUAUAUGUAAGUAGCCUCUCAACUUUUCUUAACUUAAAUGUCUCUUUCAACGCCCAUGACUGUCAAAACACCAGAUAACACACGGCCAAUAAAAUUUUUCCUGAUCGGAACUCUAGCAAACACAUACCCCAUGAUGCUGUAACCUUGUGGCAACCUAUGCUCACAGUCAUGAUGACCAGUAUGCCAAAUUGGUUUCGGUUGUGAAUUGUUCCGCAAUUUCCCAAGAGUUCAAAUUUUAACUAGUUAGGGAUCUAUCAUAAACAGCUAUUGGAAAAUACAUGUAUAUUGAUGAAAAGCCUUAAAGAGAGUUUUGUACAUCUGGUGUACUAAAAGAGAGUCCUUACGGAAUCUGAGACUAUGUUAAUGUUUAUGUCAUUUGUAUACUAUUAAGCAAACACACAAUCUAGGAAAUUAAAACCAAGAAACUCGAGUCAGUCUACAGUAGAUGUGACAUGGUUCUUAAUUGAAAACCCUCAGAAAAUCCAGGAAUAAAUGUAAACAAAGUCUGUUUCGUCCUUACAGAAUAUAAUUGUUGCCUUAGAUGGACUAAAGGUAAUCUUAGAACGUCUCUUUCGUCCUCACAGAAUAUAAUUGCCGCCUUAGACGAACUGGGGGACAAUUUGGCGGUCGACUUAGCUCUCGGCGAUCAACCUAGGGAAGUAUCUGAUGAGCGAGUUGGAGUGGUCAGUGUACAGGUCACUAGUCUACAAGCUGAGCUUCCAAUAAGCAGCAAGCCCGGGGCUCCUACACUUGAUCCAGGAGAAUCGUUGAAGGAGUUUAGUGCCCCAAGGAGGUGUGGAGAUGGCAAAACCUGUAGCGGAGUCCUUGUAAAACUGGUACAUUACAAGCAUAAUUUGAUUACUCCAGACGCAAGCAAACAGGAUAGCCAAGUGGAGAUUAUUUCAUCCUUGGUAUGACCACCUGCACAUUUGUACAUGUAUUUACUUUUAUCUAGGAAAUCGUGCACAAUGCCUAUUGCUCUAGGGACAUCGGGUCCCAAAAAACUAUUCGCCAUUUACAGAUUGCUGUAUCAUCGGAUAUUUUUUUAUCCGCAAAGGGCCACACCGGGUGAAUGAGCAACGGAUCAACUUCUCGUUGAUGCCGCCGUCUUCGAUGCUUAAGCUCCCCCUCAUGAGCUUAUUAUCGCCAAAUUGCAUUCAAAUUUGCUGAUUCGCAGAUUAAGAAUAAUUAGUUAUGUCUCUGCAUUCUGUGCGAUGAAGAAAAGUCAAAAUUAAUUUUUAAUAACUACGUCAAUCAAAAGCUAACUUUAAAAGGUAAGUUUGGAGAACUACUUUAAAAGAUGCAAGAUCUUGAAUUUUUCUGAUCUCCGCCGGAAGAUUAUUUCACAGUUUGGGAGCAUCCGACUGAAAGGCUCGGUCACCAAUCGCAGGCAGGCGUAAUCUUGUACCCAGAUCUCACUUUGUCUUACGGUGAGAUUUGGGCAAGAGAUUAGGACAGGCAUCUUUUGUUGGGCUCUUAUGACUGAGUAGAAGCUGAUGGUUAUUCAGGAAUCACUCGACUGAUGCAUACGACCUUUUCUCUUGAUACACUUUUUUUUCAUGGAAUCUUAAUAUGAAUAGAAGUUGUUGUUGUUGUUGUUUUAUUUUCACGCUCUGUAACAAUCAAUCAUGUUAAAUGUUUCUUUGCAGGUUAUUAAUUUUGUAUUAAGUGACCCAAAUACCAAGGUAAAGCUCACAAUCAGCGGUCUGGCCAACCCACUCCAACUGAAAUUCUCUGUUGGCGAUCCUCCUUCUGGUAAACAGGCUGCAUGCAAAUACUUUAAUGAAACACUCAGGAUCUGGAUGUCAGACGGUUUGGAAGCAGUAGGACCUGUCAAUGGCACUUUAACUUGUAAAUCAACCCACGCAACUGUCUUUGCUCCGUCCAACGAUAUAAAGAACGCUAGUAAUGCCACGACUACGUUGCCACCUACUACUACUGUCGGAGGUGAGACAUAAACACGUUACAUCUAACGUUGGGACUAUAUACGUACUUGUACAAAGGUUUUUGAGGCUGCUAGUAAGCGAACAUCCUCGGAGGAGUGAUAAGACCACAAUUAUGUGUUAAAUAUAGUCGCAUUUCUAAUAUUCAGUGUCCGGCUUAACUGUAAUCAUGUGGUGGAAAUGGAUAUCACUGAAAUACGGAGUAAAUCACUAGGUCGUUCUUUCCUACAGCAAACCGUGAGGCCAGUACCAAAAUUAUGACUUCAAAAUUGGCAUCACAAAAUCACAACCAAGGAUUAUAUCCUUAACUGUGAAUUGCACUUCACUCAGUCCUAUUACUAUUACAGACUAAAAAAUAUUGUUCUUUGGAUUUGCUCUAAAGUACAUAAUGUUAAGAUUAUGAUGAUGAUGAUGAUGAUAAUGAUGAUGACGACGACGACGACGACGAUGAUGAUGAUGAUAACGAUUACUGUUUAUUAUUAUUAUUGCUAUUAUUUUUUUUAAUCAUCCAAUCUCAAGCAGCGUUUGUAAAUUGCCUAUACGUAGCAACAUUUACAAUUGUACAUUCAACAACACAAAUAAAGUUUCCAUUAUUAUUAUUAACUUUAUUGUUCGUUGGUCUAUUAUUUUUUCUUUGUUACAGCACCAGAAACGAAAGCAGAGAAGGAUCACACAGGCGCCAUAGUGGGUGGCGUCCUUGGAGGCUUAGCUUUCAUUGUCCUUGUUGUUCUUGGUAUUUGGUGGUGCUCUAAGAAAAAGGCCAAAAAUACCGGGAGGAUAUCUCCAGAAUCGCCGCCACUAAAUCAAGCUUCAAAUUGCUAAGGCCCCGACCACAUGAGCAGUUUUUCAUUUGUUGAUAUACAUGAGAACAUUUUCCCAAAUCUUGGGCCAGUUGCCGUAAUUCGUAAUUGUCGAAAAACAAGCUCGACAAAUUUUGUGUCCUCAUGCAUGAGCAAAUUUUUAUUUGUGCGUGUGCACGUUUUCAAAAAAUUUUAUGUGGUAACUGUAAUUGCGAAAAACUGCUCACCAGUUUAACGUGCAUGUGGCAAAUACCAGGCGUCACAUGUUGAAAGAUUUUCGUGUCAGUACGACUAGUCACAUAGAAGGUAGACGGGAAAACAGUUGUUUUUGUUUUUCGCAAUAUCAGUUUUUCGAGGCGCAAGGAGCUAAGGGCGUCGAUUUUUAGACACUCUAAGCGCGCGAGCCUUUUCAGCCUCGCUACAGACCCUUCGCUUGUCUCUUCGCGUUUGCGUUAAUUUCUAGAGCGCAUAAAAACUAGUUUUUGAGGCGUCAUAUGCAUACCGUAGAACUUAGUACAUAAAAUUUGCUUGUAUGAACGGAACGUAUUAAUAAGCAGCGUUAAAAAAGCAAAAAAGAUUAACUUGAUGUCACCUUUAAAUAGACAUAUUAGAUUCUUUUCUUACUUCAUUGUGGAAUGUCUAAAUGAUGUUGUUCAACUUUAGAUGAACCAAUGUAAAUAUUAAAUAGAAAGAACUUCAACGUUUAAAACAGCAAAGCUGAAAGUUUAGAUAUAGCACUUGAUUUAAAAUCACAGCAUUCAUCUCAGAAAAAAAAUGUUAAUUCCACUGCCAGUUGCAGACUUACCCCCUCUAAUGUGCCAAACCUAGAAAACAUAAGUUGCGAACGAAAAAAUAUGCGCUAUGAAGCAGGAAUGUCAUUGGUUUGAUUAAAUAACAUUGGGGUAACAUUUUCUUAAGUCUGGAGAGCAACAUUUGUGUUCAUAACAUCUGUUUUUCGUGCAGCUAAUAAACUAUAGGAAACGUCUUUGCAAAAAUAUUUUUGUUGUGUGCUAGGCUCGCUUUCAUUUUGCAUGAAAUGCCGCGCGUAUAUGUUACGUUUUUACCACUACGACCAGUUUUACGUAGUAUACCACUUAUACAUGGGGUCAUAACAUUAAAUAUACGUGUUAAUAGGAGUAAAAUUUAAGUUUUUCUCUUCCUUUUUAAUAGCGCAAUUGAGUCAUACUUACAUUGUCAUUUCCUA